UACAAGUAAUGCUGUAAGAGUCCCGCAAAGGAACGGAACUGCGACUCCUGUACUCAGUUGAGAGCAACCAUGCCGGAGGAAACGACUUCAAUCGACUACAUUAUGGAGGCGGCUUCCGGUCCCCACUUCUUCGGCCUCCGCCUCGACGGCCUCUUGUCCUCUUCACCGGCCUCUUCAUCUUCUUCUCUUGCUCAAAGGUCCUCCGCCUCUGCUUCCAGUUUAUCACCCCUAGCCGCCGAUUCCAACUUCCCCAAACAGCCCUUCGUCAUCGGGGUCUCGGGAGGUACAGCUUCGGGUAAGACCACAGUGUGUGACAUGAUCAUCCAACAGCUCCAUGAUCACCGUGUGGUCCUUGUCAACCAGGAUUUGUUUUACCGAGGUUUGAUAUCUGAAGAAUCUGAACUCGUGCAUGAAUAUAACUUUGAUCAUCCUGAGGCUUUUGACACUGAGCAGCUUCUGGAUUGCAUUCAGAAGCUCAAAUCUGGGCAAUCUUACCAAGUUCCAAUUUAUGACUUUAAGAUUCAUCGCCGUUGCUCAGAUAGUUUCCGGCAGUUAUGGUAUUCAAGGAACACUGGUGCUGAUUGGGAAAUUCACAUACUGAUUGUUUAA